AUGAGACAUUUCAUCCUCCUCCAAACGAUACUCGCUACAGCCGCUCGAUCUGCUGCAACCUCAGGAUGUCGCAAACCUCUUCCUGCCUCAAUAGAGCGUGGAGCUGCCCGCAACACCAACUCGCUAGAAUUCGUCACCUCUGAUGGGACUGUCCGAGAAUACGGCUUACAUGUUCCGACCUCAUACGACGAGGAUACUCCGACGCCUCUCGCUUUCUCCUUUCACGGUCGAACGCGGACUUGGCAGGAGCAACAAGAUAUAUCUGGAAUGUCUAACGAAACCAUGAAUCCGAACUACCUAGUCGUCUAUCCGCAAGGUAUCGAUGAGCAAUGGCAGGGCGAUCCGGAUGCCACCGGUUACGACGAUGUCGGCUUCACUCUUGAGCUUCUGACCAACCUCUCGAGUACCUACUGCUUAGACACGAACAAGAUCUAUGCAGCUGGAAAAUCGAAUGGCGGUGCAUUUUCUGCAAACAUCUUGGCCUGUCAUCCCAAAGCUUCGAAGCUCUUUGCCGCUUUCGGNGGUAUCUCAGGCGCGUACUACCAGGGUGAUAGCGAAAACGACUGCAAUGCGGCAACAGUACCCAUUCCCUGCAACUCGGGCCGAUCUCCCAUCCCGAUCUUUACAACCCAUGGCGAUGCUGACGAGACAAUCCCUUACGAUGGUGGACCUCGUCGCGACCGAUGUCUCCCAAAUCUUCCUCACUUCAUGACCGAGUGGUCUGAACGUAAUGGAUUUGGCACUUCAAACACAUCAAGCUCGCUCUAUCACAAAAAUGUGGUUCGAUAUGACUAUGGUAACAACACAUACCCAGGCAUCAACACGCACUAUCGGGUCCAUGGCCUCGGCCAUUAUUGGCCUUCUGUCGCCAAUGGAAGCUCCUUCGACGCGACNCCCCUUCUGCUUGAGUUCUGGAACAAGUGGACGCUGGAUGCUGUAAACACAACUUCCCCAGUCACGAGCACUUCGUCUACAACGUCACCGGCUUCUAGCACGUCAUCGACCAGUUCUGCAUCGGCAUCUAGUGGUGGAGGAUCCAGUCAGCAAAUGAGUCUACAGCAGUGGUAUCUUGGAGGUCUUGGUUCAUUUACCUGGAUGUUUCUCGUCUAG